GUGUUUAAAAUCAGUGUUUGUGCAAUAAUUUAUAUAAUUAAUCAUGACUAGCGAGGAAGAUCCAGGAUCAAGCGUUGCAGCUGAAAGCGUCAGCAAAAUGGACUCUAUACAGAGCGCUUCUGCAAACGACUCCCUUAGUUCGCACAGAGUUUUCAAAAAGUCAUCUCCCAACAACAAACUCACCCUGUACCUAAGCUCUCGAGAUUUGGUGGUUUCACAGGGACGGAUCGAUAGAUUACAGGGAGUUUUACUCGUUGACCCCGAAUUCCUGGAAAACAAGAAAGUCUAUGGCCAAGUUACGCUUACUUUUCGAUAUGGCAGGGAAGAUGAAGAAGUAAUGGGUUUAAAAUUCUGCAACGAGGCAAUCAUGUGUUUAGCACAGUUGUAUCCCCCCCCAGAACCAUCAGACGAAUACAUACCAGAACCGAAUACUCCCUUACAGGAAGCUUUGAUAAAACGUUUGGGCCCCAAUGCCUAUCCUUUUAACAUGGAAAUUACCCCGUUAGCCCCGCCAAGCGUUCAGUUAGUACCCGCCAAAGAAUACAACGGAGCCCCUAUAGGAACUAGCUACGACAUACGGGCCUACGUAGCCGAUCGUGCAGAUGAGAAACUCCACAGAAGGACGACGGUCCGCAUGGGAAUAAGGGUUGUCCAAAGGGCCUACGCCCCACCCUCGCCCUAUCUCUACGUGCCUGGGGGUGGGGGAAAAACCGGGAAGGAGAAGGCGAAACAGAACAAGAAAGCCCUGCUCUUCGGUUGCAAAAGCAGUCCGCUGGAGUCUCAGUUUCCAAGGGAUGAGCCGUUCGGCAUAUCCAGAUCUGUGGAGGCCGUUGGAGGUUCUCAUUGUGUGGAGGAUUCGCCUCAACAUGGUAUCAGCAGGUCUUGCGGAACCGUCGUCGAAAGAAUUACCAGGGAAAAGAACAAACCCAAGGAUAACUCAGCGAACCCAACGAUUACAAUCGACGAAGCAGCGGAUACAAAGAACGUGUCCUUUAAAAACGGAGACAUCGAGGAUAGCGCUUCGACGUCGGAUGUUCCUGAACGACAGAUGGCGACACUUGCACUCGAAAAUGAUACCAAGUACUCUGAUUCUGACAACGAGGAAAGCGAGAGCAAAUUUUCGUCCCUGGAUAGGCAUCGGUAUUUGUGCGGAGGUAAGCGGCCCAGCUUGGCGGCCUACUUAUCCGAAAUUCCCGCACCAACCGCCACAGUGGAGAAACCGUUCCUCCUCAGCGACGGUAAAGUGUGCCUUACCGCAUCGCUGGACAAGGCAAUCUACUCGCACGGCGAGGAGAUUCAGAUCAACGUGAAAAUACAGAACAAUAGCAACAAAACCGUCAGAAGAAUUAAGGUAAAAAAUGUCUCACGACACGGUGGUCAAAACUUAAGUAUAGGACGAACAAAAAUGCCAACCAAAACUGAUAGCAUAUUUUGA